AUGGCCGCAGGAGAGGCUUUGAAGAGCGCAGGCUGGGGUUUGAGAUGGCAAGUGCGAGUCUCCAUUUUGCUUGUCUGCGUACUGAGUGCGGUGAAUGGACAGGUUCGAUAUUCUGUACCAGAAGAGAUGAGAAAGGGCUUGUUUGUCGGAGAUGUGGCGAAAGACCUUGGUUUGGACAUAAAGAGGCUGGUUUCAGGUCGGGCGCAGUUAGUUAUAGACGGUAAUAACCAAUAUGUAGAGCUGAAUCCGAACAAAGGACAUCUGGUUGUGAAAGAAAGGAUUGACAGGGAGAAACUGUGCGGUCAGAAAUCUCCGUGUAGUUUCAGUCUAGAGAUUGUCUUAGAAAAUCCGCUUGAAUUAUUUUCGAUUACGAUUUAUGUUAAAGAUCAGAACGACAACGCGCCUCAGGUUCUGUACCCAGUCCAGACUAGCAGCUCUCUGGUGGCUGAAAUGGUGCCUCGUUCAGCAGAUGUGGGCUAUCUUGUCACUAAAGUGGUGGCUGUUGAUGUGGACUCUGGACAGAAUGCCUGGCUCUCGUAUAAACUGCAGAAAGCGACAGACAGGGCGCUGUUUGAAGUGGGCUUACAGAAUGGAGAAAUAAGAACUAUACGCCAAGUAACUGAUAAAGAUGCUGUGAAACAAAGGCUCACUGUUGUAGUGGAGGACAACGGGCAGCCCUCUCGUUCAGUUACAGUCAAUGUUAACGUGGCGGUGGCGGACAGCUUCCCUGAAGUGCUCUCAGAGUUCACUGACUUUACGCACGACAAGGAGUACAAUGACAACCUGACUUUUUACUUAGUCUUGGCUUUGGCUGUAGUCUCAUUUCUGUUCAUCACAUGUUUAGUGGUUAUUAUAUCACUGAAAAUAUACAGAUGGAGACAGUCUCGCGUCCUCUAUCAUUCCAAUCUCCCUGUUAUUCCGUAUUAUCCACCGCGUUACGCAGACACUUUGGGGACAGGAACUCUACAGCACGUGUACAAUUACGAGGUGUGCAGGACGACUGACUCCAGAAAGAGUGACUGUAAGUUCGCCAGACCCUGUAGUCAGAACGUACUGAUAAUGGACCCCAGUUCUACAGGGACGAUACAGCGGAUGCAGAGUGAACAGAACAUCCUGGAUGAACCAGACUCCCCACUAGAGGCACGAUAUUCCAUACCCGAGGAGCAGUCAGAGGGGUCGAUCGUUGGAAACAUUGGUAGAGAUUUGGGUUUGGAGGUGAAGAGACUAGUGUCCGGUAAAGCUCGCAUUAUAACAAAAGGAGCACGACAGUAUGUAGAUUUGAACCGAGACAAAGGACUCCUCGUUGUUAAAGAGAGAAUCGACCGAGAGGAGCUCUGCGGACAGACUACGCCUUGUAGCUUCAGCUUUGAGCUUAUCAUAGAAAACCCCAUUCAGUUAUAUCGAGUUACAAUAUUCCUCCAGGACCAGAAUGACAACGCGCCUCAGGUUCUGUACCCAGUCCAGACUAGCAGCUCUCUGGUGGCUGAAAUGGUGCCUCGUUCAGCAGACGUGGGCUAUCUUGUCACUAAAGUGGUGGCUGUUGAUGUGGACUCUGGACAGAAUGCCUGGCUCUCCUAUAAACUGCAGAAAGCGACAGACAGGGCGCUGUUUGAAGUGGGCUUACAGAAUGGAGAAAUAAGAACUAUACGUCAAGUAACUGAUAAAGAUGCUGUGAAACAAAGGCUCACUGUUGUAGUGGAGGACAACGGGCAGCCCUCUCGUUCAGCUACAGUCAAUGUUAACGUGGCGGUGGCGGACAGCUUCCCUGAAGUGCUCUCGGAGUUCACUGACUUUACGCACGACAAGGAGUACAAUGACAACCUGACUUUUUACUUAGUCUUGGCUUUGGCUGUAGUUUCAUUUCUGUUCAUCACAUGUUUAGUGGUUAUUAUAUCAGUGAAAAUAUACAGAUGGAGACAGUCUCGCAUCCUCUAUCAUUCCAAUCUCCCGGUUAUUCCGUAUUAUCCACCGCCCUACGCAGACACUUUGGGGACAGGAACUCUACAGCACGUGUACAAUUACGAGGUGUGCAGGACGACUGACUCCAGAAAGAGUGACUGUAAGUUCGUCAGACCCUGUAGUCAGAACGUACUGAUAAUGGACCCCAGUUCUACAGGGACGAUGCAGCGGAUGCAGAGCGAAAAGAACAUCCUGGAUGAACCAGACUCUCCACUAGAGGUGAGUUUGUUGUAG